UAUUUACUUUAUCCUUCUUGGAUAAAUGGUUUCCACAUGCUUUGAUUUGUUACAAAAAGGUGUUAUUCGUCUGAUUUCACCGCCACUUUAACCAAUAAGAAUGGGAUUAGUGUGCGUACCACCGCUUCAUUCCUUCGAAUCAUACGACAUCGUGGGUAAGGUUAAAGCUUUUCACUUCCCGAUCUUUCCACCACUCACUCACUCCGUCUUCCCUCGCCGCUCUACAUACUAAUGGAGAAAUUGGUGAUGAUGAGAUCUCUCAACUGUUCGAUCGCAUGGAGAUCUGUAGGUUUAGUCGCCCACACCUCCGUGAACAGCAACAACCAAUGCAUCCGAUGUGGAAUCUACUACCUUCAGCACCCUUCAUCUUCAAUGCCUCAUAAAAGCCUUUCUCCUUUUGCAAUAGGAAUUGGAAGCACCCAAUUAUUGACUGAUGGUGGGUUGACACACUUACCAAACAUUGAAAAUGGUGAUAUCAAGGUCGCCUUCAAGGAGUUCAUGGUUGUAAACUGGGCUGAACUUCCAGAAAGUGUUGUCAAGAAAUCAAACCAAUCAUUAUCUAAGAACACUGAAGACAAGGCUAGCCAACAGGCAUUAGCCAACCUUCUACGUGUUGCAGAGGCAGUUGAUGAGUUUACUGGCUUCCUUGUGACUUUGAAAAUGUGUUGUCACAUAAAGUGA